CACAGGCUAGCUAAUAACAAGAGCCAAUCGAGGACUAGCGUCGUAGAUACCAAUAUUUGAAGUAUUGUUUUGGUUUAGCCAGAUUGUUUGUUUAUAUGCAUUAGAAAGUAAACUUUUAUUGACUUAUAUUUAUUUAAACUCUGGUGUUACGUUUGGGUUUCUUUCAUUUAAUUGUCUUCAACAGAGGACUUUGUAAUUUAGAGGUAUAUUUCGUGGAAGUACUGUGAAAUGCCUUCCCGUGUAGAAGAUUAUGAAAUAUUGACUACCAUCGGGUCUGGCUCAUACGGUCGGUGUCAGAGGAUUCGGAGGAAGUGCGAUAGCAAGAUCCUAGUCUGGAAGGAAAUGGCCUAUGGUACCAUGUCAGAAGUGCAGAAGCAAAUGCUGGUUUCAGAAGUAAACUUGCUUCGUGAACUCAGGCAUCCGAAUAUUGUUCGUUACUAUGAUCGCAUUAUUGAUCGGACAAAUACAACUUUGUACAUUGUGAUGGAAUAUUGCGAAGGUGGAGACUUGGCAAAGCUAAUUUCAAAAUGCGUUAAAGAUAAGUGUUACCUACAUGAAGACUUUAUUCUUCGUAUUUUUACUCAGCUGUGCCUUGCAUUAAAAGAAUGCCACAGAAAGCAUGAAAAUGGCCACACUGUAUUGCACCGGGACAUCAAGCCACCCAAUGUCUUCCUAGAUGCCAAGCAAAAUGUGAAGCUAGGGGAUUUUGGACUUGCGAGGAUACUGCAGCAUGAGUCAAGUUUUGCGGAUUCCUUUGUUGGCACACCCUAUUAUAUGUCUCCGGAACAAUUAAACUACACAUCUUACAAUGAAAAAUCUGAUAUUUGGUCCUUGGGAUGUCUGCUUUACGAGUUGUGUGCACUUUCGCCUCCAUUUACAGCAGCCACUCAUAUGGAACUGGUACAGAAAAUAAAGGAAGGGAAGCUCAGAAGAAUACCGUAUCGUUACUCUGAGGAGCUGAAUACAGUCAUAAUCAACUUACUAAACUUGAAGGACUACAAGAGGCCUUCUAUAGAAGACAUUUUGCAGUUUCCUCUCAUAACAGAUCUGGCAGCUGAGGAACAAAGAACACACGCUGAAAAGAAGUUAAGAAGACUGGAAGAGGAGAGGCUUCAGUGUGAAGACCCUGCUGUAUAUGAAUUGAAAUUGAAAGAGCACCAGCUGUUGGAAAGACAAAAAGCUCUCCAGAUUAGGGAAGAAAUGCUGGAACAGAAAGAGCGGGAGCUGUGCAUUCGAGAGAGACUGGCAGAAGAGAAGUUAUCUAGAGCAGAAAAAUUGGUGAAGGACUACAAUACGAUGAGAGAGCCAAGGAACUUUGGAAACGUGUUUGGCAGAGUACUAGAUGAGUCUGGAGGUUCAGUCUGUUCCAUUCGAAGGAAGAAAGUACACUUUGCAGUAGACAGCAAAGAAAAUCUGAGUACAGAGUAUGAUCAAGAGAAACAAUGCAAGGAGAAGUGUUUGGAACUUAAAAAACGCCUGGAAAUUGCUAAUCUGAGAGCAAAAACAUUGUGUGAAAUGGAAAAAAAUUAUCAGCUUAAAAGUCGACAGAUUCUAGGAAUGCGCUAAUUUAUUUGUAUUCAUGUAAAUAUUUUUGUGGUAUUUAAAGAUCAUUUCUUUCAAAUUUUAUUGAAAAAAAAUAAGUUAUUUUUUUAUUGACAUUACUUUUCAGAAAAAGCUGUGGCCUCUGAAUUAGACAAUGUGGUUUAUGAAUGUUUACUGUAAAUACACGGUAAAACUGGCAUUUAAGCCCCCUUCCCAAGAAAAAUUAAAUAGGGGUAGAAUGUCACUGA